AUGGCGUUCGUUUCUUCUUUUCGCCGCAUCAUUGCCGGAUCCAACAACAGCCUCUCGUCUUCACCAUCCUCCUGGGCUCGUCACUGUUCAACUCUUUCAUCUCCCAAGCUCUUCGUUAGCGGUCUCUCCAGACUCACAACCAAUGAAAAGCUUCAAGAUGCGUUUGCUCCUUUUGGCGAGCUCGUUGAUGCUAGAGUGAUUACAGACAGGGAUACAGGAAGAUCGAAGGGUUUCGGUUUUGUGACAUAUGCGACAAUACAAGAUGCAGAGAAAGCUAAGGAAGGAAUGAAUGCAAAAUUCUUAGACGGAUGGGUGAUCUUUGUUGAUCCUGCAAAACCUAGAGAACCAAGACGGCCUCUCCACCAAGAGCAGCCUCAGUUUUCUUCCUCUGGAUCCGGUUUCACUACCAACAAAACCAUUGGGUGGUGUAAAUGA